AUGGUUGUUGGGCCGCCCACCACCGCGACGCCCCAGCUCACGCUCCCUCCACGGGUGCACACGGUUCCCAAACCGCUUCCCUCAGGCCAGUCGCCCCCUCAUCCUCAUCCUCACAUUCGCAUCCAGCGACCUCACUCGCACAUUGACCUGCGCGGCCACUAUGACAUUGACGCCCACGAUCUGAGCCCCAGCGCGCUUGGCUUUGCCGACAUCUACACCGGCCAUCUGCCCGCGCUGCCCUGUCCGCCCUCGCUCUCGACUAGCUGGUCCAGCUCGUCCAUCUCCAUCGCAGACGACUCCACAUCCGCGUCGACCCUCGCCAGAGCGUACUCCGUCUCCACCACUAGCAGCCCAACCCAGCCAGCCACGUCGACCGCCUGGAGCCGCUCUAGCAGCCGAACCCGCGACGACGGCCUCGACGACAACACGCCAACUCCGACCCCAACUCCAAUCCCACCAGCCGCCACUAUUUCCCGUCCCUCUGGCCCCAAUACUGCUCCUGUUAGGCGUAACAGUGCCGCCAGCGCUCUCGUCCACCAGCCUGCUGCCGCUCCUGCCGCCGCGCCCACUACUUCUGAUAACAUCACCGCCACCAUCUCGCGCACACCGAGCCCUCUGAUCAGGCCACCUUCCGCUACACCCUCCACCGUCUCUACAGCCGCCUCCUAUCGCAAACCUGCCCCCGGCCUGGCCGCCCGUCUCAAGGCCUUGGGCUUUGGCGCCUCCAAAAAGACGUCUCCCACCGCCCCACCCCCCACCGAUCUCGUCGGCCGUCUUGACGAGCACCAGCUACGCCAGCUCGACGAGAAACACAUCGCCGGCUCCAUUAGCUCAGUCAUUUCCAGGAGAGGUCGCCCCUGGAGAGGCGCCGGCGCCUUCUCUACCCUCAAGGCGUCCGUCAGCCAGCCCAACCUGCGCCCUGCUUCUGCCAUUCCCGACCAGUCCCCGCGCCUACCCGAACUUGAGCCUCCAGACCCUCUCGAAAUGGACACCCAAAAAUACCGCCUGCCCGAUCACACUAACGGCAAUGGCACAAAGGUCACCCUCGAGACUCGCCGCGAGCACCUAGAACGACAUUCACCUGCCCUGUCCGCCGCCCUACCCACAACUCCUCCGCCUCCUCCCCCAAAAGAUACACCACCGCCGCCCAGCACGCCUCCGCCGCCGCCUGCCUCUGCUCAAUCUGACUACGUUCCCGGCCUCGGCUCCUACUUUACGCCUGGCCGUAACCGCCCCGGCUCCAUCUACACUCUCUCACGAGCCUCGUUUGCCAAUCAGCUGGCCCAGCUCACAUCCCUGAAGCUCCCUGAUGCCCAUUCGCUCUCAAGCCAGGUUUCGGCUAUUCCCACGGCUGCCGCAGCUACCAGGGCUCUCAUCAACGCCGCCGACCAGAUUCGGAGCUGGAUAUCCAAGGCCCAAGAGGUCAUUGGAGGCCUGGACAGCGAAGAUGAUGUCGAGUGGGCGGCCGCUGGCGGCCGUGAAGGUCUCAGUGACGUAGAGACCGCCAUUGUGCGCUUUGAGGAGCUUAUCAAUGCAUAUGUCUCGGCGAUUGAGGAACUUCAGCAACGCGAUGAUUCAGCCCAAGUUCCCAAGCAAGACACGCAUCAAGCGGUAUCUCAGAUGGAAAUUAUCCUUGACGAGUGGUCCAAAAUCAAGUUAACCCUACACAGCGUCCGCGGCCAAGUCGAGAUUGCCAUGGAGUGGGAGGAGCUCUGGAACAAUGUGCUUGGAGAUAUUCAGAGUGAAAUGGAUGAGUUGAGCCGCCUCGUCUUUGAGAUGGAGGAACGCCGACACAAAACCAUCGUCGCCAGUGCUAGCGGCGACAAUAUCGAUAUCGGGGACCUUGAAACCAUUGUUGAGGAUGGACCAGUCGCAAUAUCGAACGUGAAAUCUCCAGGGCGUGUGCCCAUGGCUACUACUCCUCUCAGUCCCAGCUCCCCUAGCACUGUCAAUGCUGCUGGCCCCGGUUUAUCACAAGAUGACUCUAGCCUGCUCGCUCUGUUCGCGCGCAUGCAACCUCUACGCGCCUCCCUCGACUUCCUUCCCAUGCGCCUGUCUGUCUUCGAAACGAGAGCCGAAACCAUUUUCCCUACCGCCUGCGACGAACUCACCAUGAGACGAAGCGGCCUCGAUAACAGCUACCGCAAGCUGGAAAAGGACGCAGAGUCCCUCCGCAAAGAGCUUGGUGAGGACAGAUGGGUCAUUGUCUUCCGCGGCGCUGGUCGCCAAGCGCAAAAGAUGCAGCAAUCUGUCGAGCGGUCUCUCCUUAAGCUUCGUGAGGGCGUCGACGCUAGACUACAUCUUACAAAUCCUCCGGCCAUGACCAAGAAGAUAGAGAGCUACGAAGCCAAAAAGGUGCACUAUGGCCCCGCCAUUGAGCGUGUUCUCUCCAUUAUCGACCGCGGUGUCAAGGACCGCUUGACAGUCAAUGGCGAAAUCUUGCGUCUUCAUCACGACUUGCAGACUCGAUGGUCACAUCUCAAGCAAAUUAUGAAGGAGACGGGCGGCAUCGUCGAGGUGAUUUUGGCCGACAACAGGAGCAAGCAGCUUCGCGACUCCGUCUCCAGCCUCUUGUCUAACGAUCGAUCAACGGUUGGCAGUGGUCAUGAAACGCCGGGAAGCUCUCCGCCCUCGUCGGUCAUUAUGACAAGCCUUGGCUUCGAUCCUCACACUCCAGUGGUUAGCCAGCCCAAGACUCGCUCCCCCAAUACUCUCGCCCCCUCCAAUCGCAGGUACUCGUCACUCCCAGAGCCCGCCUCUGCCUUUUCCAGGCGACAGGCCGCCCGACUGUCCACCAUCCCGAGCUCCUCUGCAGGCACUCCCGUGCAGGGCAGCACGAUCCCCCGGCCCAGCUCGAACAUGGACCAUCGCCCACGCUGGAACACGUCCACAAGAACAGGCGACCUCGAGGCCGGCUUUCGCCAUGGUAACCCAAACACGCUCGCGACACCCAACAGGCGCGUCUCCUCGACGGCCUCGCCUGCCAGCACCGGCUCGAGACUACCCACUAUGCGCAACAUCUUUCACCGUGCCGCCUCGGAAUCGCCCCAAGUGGAGCGGACGCCCUCGCGGGCCAGCCACUCCCGGAUGGGCGUGCGGGACCGCCUCGCCUCGCCAGGUCCCUACGCCCAGCAGACGAUGGCCAAGAACUCGUCGGCGAACACGACGGGCAGCCGUCGCACGUCCCUACAACCGGCCCGGCCCGGUUGCGCCGCCGAAGAGGAUCAGAGCCGCGCCGCGAGCUCGCUGGCGUCUCACAGGGAGGGUCUCUUGCCUCGGAUGCCUGGCCGGUCCAGCCCCAUGUCUCGCCGAAGGGAUGCGGUCGACAGAGACGGGAAGCCUCGUUGGCGGUUCUAA